AUGACAGCGUUGUCUAGGAUUGUAUCGUCAUUUGACCACUCUCAAAAACUCACAGGCACACACCUAGCAGGAAUUUGGUGUACACACCUCCCACUUGGGAUUUGUUGGUAUGGAGAAGGCUCCAAGGCAUCAAGAUCACCCCGGUGCAUGGCGCCCUCUUCGCCAUGGGCUUCCCUCGGACCUUAUAGACUAGUGCACAUGGGGCAUCUCGAGUCAUCGAGGUUUGGUAAGCCUACCCUUUUGGUCACUUUGGAGUCUGCAUCAGUUAUAUCAUCUCAUAACUCCAGAAAACUUGCUUCAAUCACAGAUGGUGCCAUAUCAGUUUGCGGUAAUAUCACAGGGCUGAUGAGCUUUGAGAUAUAUAGUGGUGCCAUCUUUCUCGUGAAUGGGGGUAACGCAGAGAUAUUCAAAGAUGUACGCUUCGACGAGAAUGACGAAGACGGAUCUCUAAUCACAAGUACAGGCAGUCAUCCAUCUGAGAAAGGCGAAUGUGCAAUUGGAGAUGUUGUGAGGCAGGUAGAACGUCCCGGUGACUGCACAGGAUCUCUAUAUAUUCUCCCAAUUGAGCAGAUGAAUUCCCAUUUGGCACGAACUGAUCCUGUAUCAGCCUCUAGGUGA